UUUGCACUUCCGCAUUGGCCUCAUCGCUCAGCCCGGGUUGUUGCCGCUUGUUCGAGACUCAAAGUGCGCAGAAAGGAGGACAAUGUGCGCCGUGCAGCUGCUGCGGGUGUCGGUACAUGAGCGGAUCAGCGCUGCCGCUGAAGACUUUCUGCUGCAGGUGGAGAAAGGGGAAGAAACGGCUCAAGUCCCGGCGCUGAGAGCGCUGCUCACCGAGCGGCUAACGGCGGCGGCGAAGGAGAUCGCCGCUGUGUUUGAGGAAACCGUGGCGGAGUACGAAGACAGACUGGAGCGGUCAGAGCGGGAGAUCUGCCGCCAGAGGAGGCUGCUCGAUGCCGUGAUGAAGCCCGAAAUAAGGCUGCACAGAGCAGACUUCCUGCAACUGGUGGUGAGUAAAGAAGAGGUUCCCCCUGAGCAGCAGCAGUGGAGCCCUCUUGUGGACCAGGAGGACCCAGAGCCCCCCCACAUUAAAGAGGAACAGGAGGAACCUUGGACCAAUACGGAGGGAGAGCAGCUUCAACAACUGGAGGAGGCUGAUAUCAAGUUCACAUUGACUCCUUUCGCUGUGAAGAGUGAAGAAGACGAAGAGAAACCUCAGUCGUCACAGCUUCAUCAGAGUCAGAAUGAGGAGAACAGAGCGGACGGUGGAAAACCAGAACCAGCCAGGAACUCAGGUCCUGAGGACAAGACCGAAGACUCUUCUGAGACUGAAGAC